CAAACGACCCGACACUACUUCCUUGAAGUUUGUUAUAGACCGUCCUAACUCAUUUCUCCCACAAACAACACCAGCCGUGCAGCGACGAUGAAGCUGGUGUGUUGUCCUGCUGUUGUGUUAGUUGUGGCAGUUAUUGGAUUAAAUACAGGUGCAGUUUUUCUGUCUGAGGACUCACCAUGGACAAUCACGGCUGGGACCACUGCAUCUGUCACUUGCGGAUACCAAAACAUAACAAACUACACAGUGUACUGGGAGAAAGAGGAACAUUCAAGGGUUACACCUGGAAAUGAAACUCUAAUUUUCCAAAACGUCCAAGUCACAGACCACGGAAACUACUCAUGCGUUAUUGAAGCGAAUGACAAUGUACUGGAAAACAGAACCUUGGAUAUCCGUGUGAGCUAUCCCUCAGGGAAUAUUUCGAUAUCAGUCAGCAACAGAGUCAGAGCUAAUUACACCAUUUCGGGAGGUGCCAACGCCACUCUGGAAUGCUCUGUUGAUGGAUUUCCUCCUCCCUUCAUCACGUGGCGAAAGGAUGGCGCCAUCAUAAAGGAAGAGAACCUCACAGAUCACUAUGGUCUCCGCCAGCCUCCGACUGACGGCUUCAUUAGUGUCUUCGACGUGAUCAACGCUGGGCGUGAAGACAGCGGCACCUAUGUAUGUACAGCUAACAACAGCGCCAACCAGAAUGAUAGUCGUGAGGCCGAGGUGCACCUGGCAGUGCCUACCUAUCCACCGAGGCAUAUUUCGAUAUCAGUCGACAAGGGAGUCAAGGCUAAAUACACCAUUCCGGGAGGUGCCAACGCCACUCUGGUCUGCUCUGUGGAUGUAUUUCCUCCUCCCUUCAUCACGUGGCGAAAGGAUGGCGACAUCAUAAAGGAAGAGAACCUCACAGACCGCUAUGGCCUCCGCCAGCCUCCCACUGACGGCUUCAUUAGUGUCUUCGACGUGAUCAACGCUGGGCGUGAAGACAGCGGCACCUAUGUAUGUACAGCCAACAACAGCGCCAACCAGAAUGAUAGUCAGGAGGCCGAGGUGCACCUGGCAGUGCCUAACUAUUUCCCAGUUUUACAAAAUCAAGGGGAACUUUCAAGGAGGUUCACAGUUGUUGAGGGAGAAUCAAUCGUGGUCAACUUCACAGUCGUCUCAAGUCCAAGGUCAUUAGUUGUGAAAUGGAGCCUUCAGCCAGAUGGAAGUAAUGAAACCAGUGUUUGGAGUAGGAGCGUUGACAAUUCUCUAUGGAACAUGAGGAACCGGACAUUGUCAACUGAUGUCCAGUUAUUUCAAUUCUACCACGUGAAUGUUACUGAAAACAUGACCGGUCUGUACAGGGUCAUCUUGACCAAUGGUCUUCGUCGUAAUCUGGAUUUGGAAUACAGUAUCGGAAUAGGAUAUGAUACCACUGGACGCAGCAUCAAUGCAACGGACGUUUACAGCAAUACGACUGAUCUGAAUCUCAAGGAUGACGAGGACUAUGAAUCUACGUGGAAGAUACUGUUGGCAGUUGUUGUUGGGGUGGUUGUCACAAAUGUUCUCCUCGUUGUCCUGUUGUCUUUCUGCAUCAGAGGCGUUAUGCCAGCGGCAGUCGAACAUGUCUACCAUGCAGUGGAUGAGAGUCUGAUGCUGGAUCUUCCUGUGACUGAGGCCAACACCAACUACAUGCGGCCCUUUGACCCCUACUCCAUGCAGCGUUAUUUAAACAGGGGCGUGACCUGCAUGGAAACAGACGUGUGAACUGUGGCUUCUCACUGAACGAUCAUCUGUUUAAUCGUCACUCAUCUUUGCCGACAACCAUUCGAAAUUGUGUCGCUCUCCAAACUGAAUCACUGGACAAGCAAAUAGUUUUUCUUUUGUAAACAUUAUCUCCACUGGUACUGGUGACCGCCUCCGUGGUCUAGUGAGCGUCAUACCAAAAGACGUUAAAAGAUGGUUCUUGAUGGAUGGAGUUUCCAUAAAUCUUUUAGUUGUACAUACUAUAUAAUGGUGUACUGCCUUAAAUAUAACUUCAUUUUCUGUAACAACGUGAUCUGCAUUGCCGUAUAACAGUAGGUGUACAAUAACAGGUAUGUUAUGAACAAUAUCUUAAAGGCUGUUAAAAAUAAUUUCACGCUGAUGACUAAACAAUGUACAUUCCAUGAGCUAAUGAUAUGCAUUUUCACAUGCAUUUGAACAUGUACAGUUCGGGUGAUCUUUUAUACCAAUUCUGUAUAAAUCAUAAUCCAAUUGACUGCAGCGGCACAUGUAUCUCAGUUUUGUGUGUAAGAUAUUAUAUUUUCUUUUUCCACAUGCGCAGUGAGUACGCAGUUGACGUAUGGUGGUGCUUUUGUAAAGAAUUUUUAAAACAAGAAAUCGUAGAAUUUCGAUCUGAUAACGGAAUAGACGUCCACAAUCGGAUGGUCGAUGGGUAAAAGGAUUCCCACGAAUGUCUUAGUCUCGUGAGAGGAACACUGAUGUUUUCAGAGUUUCUGAGACUGUAGGAGUUUGUUGCAGCAACGGUGUUUGGUAGAAUAUCUGUUAGAUAGGAAGGGGCCAUAUUAUGAUUAAUUUUAAAGAAAAUUAGAGUUUCUGAGACUGUAUGAGUUUGUUGCAGCAACGGUGUUUGGUAGAAUAUCUGUUAGAUAGGAAGGGGCCAUAUUAUGAUAAAUGUUAAAGAAAAGACAAAGUUUACGUU